AUGUCCAAAAUCAAAAUUAAAACAACCCGUAUCCUCCCGGAGCCAAUUGACGAACUAAUUACUGAACCACCGGUGCAACGGCGGCGGCCAUCAACCGAAACACUAGUAGCCAAGGUGCUCAAAUAUCAAGGUGGUUUUAUUGGCUACUGGACCCGAAACUAUGGCCAAGCACUGCGCGAACGUGACCGAUCAUUUUAUCCGCGUCUAUGGCGGGCUUAUAUGUGGUUUAAAUUUUUGAUGCUAUUCCGUAUUCUCAAAUGUUUUUCCGUACUGCUGGACCAACCAGUUAUUGACCGCCAUGCUAGAAUACAUGUCUACCUGGGUACAUUUUCAUUGUAUAUGGGCGGUCCGGCACUGUAUACGGAAAUUGUGGCCCUAUCGUGGACAGUCAGUGUUUUCAUACUCUACCACUACUGUGUUUGUCGACCAGUAACCGAGUUUAGCUGGCUAACUGUAUUCAACUAUUUGAAUAGGGAUAAUAUACAAGUGGAUGCAAUACAUUGAACGGAUUAAAGUCAAUCGCGAGGGUUUUUAUCUAAUAACCGGCCA